AAAAUGUCCAAAGUAGUAAUUGUAACUGGUGCUUCUCGUGGUAUAGGACGUGCUGCAACCCUACAAUUAUUACAACACUAUAACGGUAAUGUAAUUGCUGUUGCACGUUCAAACCAGGACUUGAAUGAUUUGAAAAGUCAUGCCGAAAAUGAAUUGGGUGUGAAAGGAAGAUUGGAAACUGUUACUGGUGAUAUCACCGAAGAACAUAUCGUCGAAGAAACUAUUAAAAAAUGUUUAGAUCGAUGGGGGAGAAUUGAUGGUAUUAUUGCUAAUGCAGGGUAA